AGCCUCGUUUCCUCCGCCACCCCCUUUUAGGCUUUCACUUCCCAUUUGGGUUCUUGUGAAUAUAACUUCUCAUUUUCCCCUUCCAUUCAUUCCCAAUUCAUUCACAUUUCUUCUCUCACUUUCUCUCAUUCCCAACAUAAACAUUGCAGUUGCAGACAUUUUCAUCGUUCCCUUUUUCGUUGCAGUCUAGAAAGAAUGUCUUUGUCUGCAACCAAGUUCGUGCACCCCAUCACAACUCCUCCCUCUACCAGAUCCAGUGACAAGCCUCUCUUUUCCACUUUCUUUGGAUCCAAUCAUACCAAGCUUCGCUUCAAUAAACCUAUUGUAGUUGCUCAACGCCGUUCUUCAUCGGCAGCAUCUACGUCUUCGCCUGUUGUUGCUGUCUCCGAUGUUGUCAAGGAGAAGAAGCUCAAAUCAGCCUCCAAUCUGCUAAUUACUAAAGAGGAAGGCUUGGUGAUCUAUGAAGACAUGAUAUUAGGUAGGUUCUUUGAAGAUAUGUGUGCCCAGAUGUAUUAUAGGGGCAAGAUGUUUGGUUUUGUUCACUUGUACAAUGGCCAAGAAGCUGUGUCAACUGGAUUCAUCAAGUUUCUUAAGAAGGAAGAUUAUGUGGUGAGUACGUACAGGGACCAUGUUCAUGCCCUUAGUAAGGGGGUCCCGGCUCGUGAAGUGAUGAGUGAACUCUUUGGGAAGGCAACCGGUUGCUGCCGAGGUCAGGGUGGUUCGAUGCAUAUGUUCUCAAAACAGUACAAUUUGCUCGGUGGGUUUGCGUUCAUUGGUGAAGGAAUUCCAGUGGCCACUGGGGCAGCCUUCUCCAGUAAGUACAGAAGGGAGGUGUUGAAAGAGCCAGGUGCUGAUGAGGUGACAUUGGCAUUUUUCGGAGAUGGGACUUGUAACAAUGGACAGUUCUAUGAAUGCCUUAACAUGGCAGCUUUAUGGAAAUUGCCAAUUGUGUUUGUGGUGGAAAACAAUUUGUGGGCUAUUGGUAUGUCACACCUCAGGGCAACUUCUGAUCCGCAGAUAUGGAAGAAGGGACCGGCGUUUGGAAUGCCCGGGAUCCAUGUCGAUGGGAUGGAUGUCUUGAAGGUCAGAGAGGUCGCAAAGGAGGCAAUUGAAAGAGCUAGAAGAGGAGAGGGACCUACUUUAGUGGAAUGUGAGACUUAUAGAUUUAGAGGACAUUCGUUGGCUGAUCCUGAUGAGCUUCGUGACCCUGCUGAGAAGGCACACUAUGCAGGCAGGGAUCCCAUCACAGCACUGAAGAAAUAUCUUUUUGACAACAAGUUAGCCUCUGAACAAGAAUUGAAGGCCAUAGACAAGAAAAUCGAGGAGCUACUUGACGAUGCAGUCGAGUUUGCCGAUGAGAGCCCUCUCCCUCCCCGCAGCCAGCUUCUGGAGAAUGUAUUUGCCGAUCCAAAAGGUUUUGGAAUUGGACCGGAUGGAAAGUAUAGAUGCGAGGAUCCAAAAUUCACCCAAGGCACUGCUCAUGUCUAAUCCUUUCAAUUCUGACAAUCUAUCUGCUUGAUGGUUUCAUUUUUGUAUGCAUGUUCUUAUUUAUAUGCUUAGUAGUCAUAAAAAAUUACUUACAGAAUGUAUUAUUGUUAUUAUUACCUUUUUCUAAUAUAAACAGGAUUUGUUCUCUAGGUUGGUAUUAUUGUUGGUUGAACUAGUGUCAAGAAUGAUAAUCCCCUAUCGUUUGAUUAUCUUGCUUUGCAGCCUUUGUAGCUUUUAUAUUAUCUGGACCAUGUAAAAUAACAUUGUAGUUUUACAUCAUUUUGUUAUUGCUGUUGGUUCAUUCA